UUUUAUGGUUGAACGGCUAAAGUUGCCGUUGUCCUGAGAAGGCACCUCUUGAAGACUUGGCGCAAACCUCGUCGCUCAAGCUUGGCCUUCGUUACCCUCUCGGUCUGGCAUCCACAUCAGUCUUCAGUCUCCAGCAGUGUGAGCAGCAUCAUGGUCAUCUUUACCCUGAUCGCCGUGGUGGUGGCAGCAGCAGAUGUCACAUGUGAGGACAAGUCUUGCAAGGAGGAGGGGGAGUUGCUGAACUUGCUGCAAGUCAUGCCAGAAGGAGAGGGCACCCUGUCAGCGCGUGAUGUGGCACGCGCGAAGCAGCUGGUGCCGGGCCCGGCGUUUCUUGCGGCGCACGGAGAGUCCAACGGUCUGUUGAACAAGCAUCUUCUGCGCAUCACAAAGGGCAAUGCAAAGCCCUGCGAGCACUUUGUCUCGGAGGACUUGGAUCAAGUCCUCGCGGCCAUUGAUCAGAAGAGCCAUCCGCAUCUGCAGGAGAUUUAUGACAGCAACCGCCACCCAAGCAAUGAGGGCUGGAAGGACAGCCGCGGCAGUGAGGCAGCCACGCUGAAUGAGGACAAGCUCUCCGAGCACCCAGAGCUUCAUGCAAUGGUGAAGGCCGAGAAGAAAUGCUAUGAUGCCGCAAUGCGGUUUACCCACAGCAUCAGUGAUGCGGACAAGAAGGAGCUCCUUGCCAGCCACACGAUCCCAUUGCUUCCAGAGCGAGGUGCUCAUGAAACCGAGGCACUGUUGCAGACAAAGCUGGGAGAUGCUUGGGCCGGAGAGAGGGUCUUCAAUGCCAACUGCGCCGCUUGCCAUGCCGGUGGGCUGAAUGUCAUCAUGCCGGAGCGGAGCCUGAGGAAAGAUGCCCUGGAGGCAUACCCAAUGAUCCGCAAGUCGGACAUCGUGUAUCAGGUCACCAACGGCAAAAAUGCCAUGCCGGCAUUUGGAGGUCGCCUCUCUGACGACGACAUUUCGGAUGUUGCAGACUAUGUCUUGCAGCAGGCCAAUUCCGGCUGGUAGGCACAAAGCAUUGCUUUCCCGGGCGUGAGCCUUCAGCCAGCGUUCCUAUGCCUGUAGCUGGCUCGGCUGUUGCAUGCUAAAAUUCCAGCUCAAGCAUUUGUUUCCUUGAGUUGGGUCGCACACAGCACGCCGUACUUCAUCUAAUCGGAUA